AUGCACAAAUUAUAUCAACAACAAUUAGAGCAAGCUUUAGAACAAUUAGAAUUUCCCUCCUCAUCUUGCAACCCUUCACUUCUUCAUCCAAAUUCUCAUCACUCUCUUCACCAACCAUCAACAACAUCAUCAUCCUAUCAUCACGCCACUAAUUCAGCUAGGAAACAAUUCUCCCUCUCACCUUCUUCCUCAUCCUCUGAUUAUUACCCAAGGAAACGAUCUCAAAGCGUUGUUGAUUCUUCGGAAAAUCAAAUCGAUGUUGCCUCAUCACUCACUGCACUCGAUGCUUUGCAUGAAAAGCUGAAAAUGUUAAGUCAGGAGAAUAAACAAAUGAAAAUGCAAUUGGAUGGCUGCACCUGUAGAGAUAAUAUGAAAAAAAAGGGUUUUGGCGGGAGUUUUGAGGGAGCUUCGUAUCAAGAGUUGGAUUAUGAGAAUUUUAUAUUAAAGAAGGAGAAGGAAGAGUUGGUGGCGAGAGUGGGAGUAUUGGAGAGGAGAAUGAGAGAAAUGGAGAGUAGGAAACGAGAUUGGGAGAAUAAGGAAGUGAUAAUUGAGGAAAAUGAAGCGGAGGAUUCGAGUAAUUUUGACUGCUUGAUUGAGGAAAGUAAUGAACAGGAGAUUGUGGAAGAUUUAUCUAUUUUAUUAGAGAAUGAAGAAAUUGUAAACGAGAGAAAAUCAAUGGAAAUGAGAACAACAGCAACUUUGGAUAUUUCAAUCCAAUGUGAAUCAAUUGAAAAAGAAGAUAAAGAAACAAAUACAAAUGAAACAGAACCAAUGACUGUAGAUAAUGAAAUUAAGAAUAAUAUUCAAUUAGAAAUUGAACAGAAUAAUCUGGUGCUUCCUUCUUUGGAAGAUGAAAAAAUAGCAAAUGUUAAACUUGAAGAAAUUGAAAUGAUUUCAGAAGAAAUUCAAACUAUUGAAGAUUAUCCAUCACCAGUUGUAGACAAUUCAAAAAUCAUGCAACUUUCUGAACAAAUUGAAAACCUAAAGGCAGAAUUACAAGUCAAAACUGAUUUAAUUUCAACUCUCCAAAAGGAAAAGGAACAAUACGAAAAGAAUGAACAAGAACAUCAAAAAGUUAUGAAUCAACUCACAUCCCAUGUUAAGGAACUUGUUAAGGAGAGUGCCCUUCUCAGAAGAGAAUACAAUGAAAGCAUUCGUAAAUUGAAAGAAGAAUUAAUUGCUUGCAAUGAUGAUAAACAGUGA